GGGUUUUGCGCUUCGGAGGCAGACGGCUUCUCUCUCACGGACCUUUGAAUUCACUCUGCGGGCUUCAGAGCAUCUCUGCGCCGCUCCGGAUUAACACUUGUUUGGGACUCUGUUCCGGGAUACUUGUUUUUAUCCUGGAUUUAGUGGAUUAUUUUACCGACUUCAACAUGACUCUGGAAGAGUUCAUCGGCUCCAACAGCACCGAGAAAAGGAUGGAGACGGUGACGGCGCUGGAAGAGCUGCUGGUCGCGGCUCGGAAGCAGGACUCCCUCACGGUGGGGGUCUACGAGUCCGCCAAACUCAUGAAUGUAGAUCCGGACAGCGUGGUCCUGUGCGUCCUCGCCACCGACGAGGAGGAUGAAGAUGACAUCGCGCUGCAGAUCCACUUCACGCUGCUUCAGGCGUUCUGCUGCGACAACGACAUCAACAUCCUGCGGGUGUCCGGCAUGACGCGUCUGUCCCAGCUGCUGGAAGAGGACACCGAGGACAGUAACGGGAACGAGCCCCGGGACCUGCACUGCAUCCUGGUCACUAACCCUCCCGUGCAGCCGCUGCAGUCUCCGGCCCUGCAGAACAUCAGCAGCUUCUGCGAGGAGAGCCGCUGCAGGAACCAGUGGGUUCCCUGCGUGGAGAUGCAGGUCCGCUGAGCCGAACCGGGCCGAGCCGAACCGAAUCAUACCGCUGCGCAGCGGUGAGAACGAGCGCAAACCGUCCAAACGGCCGCCCUCUGCUGAAGACGUACAACGGCGUUUGAUUGGAGAGUCGGACCGAACCGGACCGGGGAGUUAUGCGGCCCGAUUGGUUUAUCAGUUUGGCCGUGGCCACGUGGGGUACCGGUACCGGACGAAAUCUGGAGGCCGGACCGGCCGUCCGGGGAGGGGAAGACUAUUGCAGGUGGACCCGCGGUGCCAGAUCUGCCGGGCGGGGACGCUCAUUUCAUGACACGCGAGUGACAACAGCUGGAUGUCACGUGACUUAACCUGUGAAUGAGCCGCACGGGCUGCUCCGGACUACCACGUGAGCUGCAGGUGUUCUGCUCACCGGACACGUGAAGUCACGUGUGUGUGUGUUUUUUAUGCAGUUAUUUGUGACGCAAUGGAUUUCCACACUGAGUGUUUAAAGGAACAGAGAAAUAUAUGAACUGUUUAUUCCACAUGACAAAUAAAUUAUUGAAGAAGAAAU